AUGUUCAAAAGACAAUUCUCGACAAGUAUUCGUUAUUUACAACAUUACGAUGAGUCACUACUAUCAAGAUACUAUCCUGAAAGUCUGCUAAAGUCCAUAAAACUCGCUCAACAAACAAUACCCCAAGAUACAAAAUUUAAAGUGUCCCGUAACGUAGAAUUUGCACCCCCAUAUUUGGACGAUUUUACCAAGAUACAUCCUUUCUGGGAUUAUAAACCAGGCAUGCCCCAUCUCCAUGCCCAAGAAGGAGACAAUAACUUCACCACCUUUAGAUGGGACCAAGUACAACAACCACUUCCGGAUGGAGGUAGUAUUCUUCCUCCGGGUGUCAGUCUACCCAACGAUAGCGGCCGGAAAUCAAAGAGUGCCGAUGUAGCUGCCGGACUGCAUAAGCAAACAGGAGUGGAUCCGGACUAUAUAACUAGAAAGUUAAUUAUGAAGCCGCUAGUAAUGAAAAGAGUGUCGAACCAGACUGGUAAGGGUAAAAUUGCAUCCUUUUAUGCCUUAGUUGUCGUUGGUGACAAAAACGGUAUGGUUGGUUUAGGAGAGGGUAAAUCUCGUGAGGAAAUGUCCAAGGCCAUCUUCAAGGCUCAUUGGGAUGCAGUAAGGAACCUCAAAGAAAUUCCUAGGUACGAAAACAGAACCAUUUAUGGUGAUAUAGAUUUUAGAUACCAUGGGGUGAAGUUACAUUUAAGAAGUGCAAAACCAGGGUUUGGAUUGCGUGUAAAUCAUGUGAUUUUCGAGAUUUGCGAGUGUGCAGGUAUCAAAGAUUUAAGUGGAAAAGUAUACAAAUCCAGAAACGAUAUGAACAUAGCCAAGGGCACCAUCGAGGCUUUCACAAAAGCACAAAAGACACUGGAUGAGGUUGCUCUAGGUAGAGGCAAAAAGCUUGUUGAUGUCAGAAAAGUCUACUAUUCAAGCUGA